GCUGCCCAAACACAGACGCCAGCAGUCGCUACCUGAAGGCUGUUCGUCACUGAAGAUUACUGAAUGGCUCCACUAUCAUACUGACUCUGGUGAUAACCUCAGCUGCCUCCUGACUGUUGUGGAUCAUAACAUACUGGACAUUUCUGAUCAGCAUUUCCUCAACGUGGAUUCAGAGAGGUGGAGACUAGUUUUCUUGGUGGCGUAAGGCUUGGCAGGCCGAGCCUACUGACUCAUGGCGAUUAACACUGAUGUCGAGGACUGGGGCGGAGUUGGGAGUAAUGACUCCGGUGAAAGAGCGUGGCUCCUGCAGAGCCCCAGUGUGGAUUCUGUCCGGCAUCUUGACACGGACACUGGUGGGAGCGGAGGGGUGUCGUCUUGGGCAGCGGUCUUCAUCGUAGUGAAUGCAGCUCUGGGAGCAGGUCUACUCAAUUUCCCUGCAGCCUUCAAUAUGGCAGGAGGAGUGACUGCAGGAGUGAUGCUUCAAAUGUUUAUGCUGAUCUUCAUAAUCAGUGGACUGGUGAUCCUGGGCUAUUGCUCCCAGGUCAGUAAUGAAAGCACCUAUCAGGAGGUUGUUCGGGCCACUUGUGGGAAAGUGACAGGAAUCAUAUGUGAAGUCGCCAUUGCUGUCUACACCUUUGGGACUUGUAUUGCGUUCUUUAUUGUCAUUGGAGACCAGCUGGAUCGCUUGGUGGAUGCAGUGGAUGUUGACACACAUGAUCCAGUCAGGGGCGACUGGUACACUGACCGCAAGUUUACCAUCUCUGUUACUGCAGUCCUUAUUAUUCUUCCCCUCUCCAUUCCCAAAGAGAUUGGCUUUCAGAAGUAUGCAAGUGCACUGAGUGUGAUGGGAACCUGGUAUGUGACCAUUGUGGUCAUUAUAAAGUACAUCUGGCCAAGUAAAAAUAUGACUCCAGGCUACAUUCCUGACGGUUCUGCUUCCUGGACUGCAGUUUUCAAUGCAAUGCCCACCAUAUGCUUUGGUUUCCAGUGCCACGUCAGCUGUGUGCCAGUGUUCAACAGCAUGAGCAGAAAAGAGAUCAAACCUUGGGGAAUAGUAGUCACUCUCAGCAUGAUAAUCUGCCUCUUUGUCUACACAGGAACAGGUGUCUGUGGCUUCCUUACAUUUGGCUCAAACGUCAGUCAGGAUGUCCUGAUGUCGUACCCUCCGGAUGAUAUUGCAGUGGCCAUCGCAAGAGCUUUCAUUGUCAUCUGUGUCAUCACCUCCUACCCUAUUUUACACUUCUGUGGCAGGGCAGUUAUUGAAGGACUUUGGCUGCGUUUUCAAGGCGAGCAGGUGGAGGUGUGUGUGCGCCGUGAGCAGAGGAGGAGGAUCCUGCAGACGCUGGUGUGGUUUGUUGUCACCCUCAUCCUCGCCCUCUUCAUCCCAGACAUUGGUCGGGUGAUCUCGCUGAUCGGAGGAUUGGCCGCCUGCUUUAUCUUUGUCUUCCCAGGUUUGUGUUUGAUUCAAGCCAAGCUGUCUGAGACAGACAGCAGAACUUCAAGUUGGCAUGGAUUGGUGGUCUUAGGUGUUGUCAUGGUUACGAUUGGAGCUUUCAUCUUUGGCCUCACCACGUCCAACUCCAUCUAUAAAGACGUUGUCAGCUAAAAGGAAGUUUCAUCAGCUGUGUUUAAGACAGAGGGGGGGCCUUAGUCCUGUGCUGCUAUACUGAACUAUGGUGGAGAAGCAUCUCAUGACACUCAUUUAAAAAAUCCUCUCCAGCAUGUCACGUCCCUGCUCCGUACUGAGUUGAAGCGCCUCAGUCAGUCAGAGCCACCCAACAGCGCCAUACAACCUCAGACACUUUGCCUUUUAUUUAAUGUACAGUAUAAAUUGCAUGUUUUAUGAUGGUUUUAACCUGCAGUGAAAACCGUCUCUGACGGAUCAGGGACAGCGGGGAGCUUCCUCCGUCUCUGGACCCUGUAGGGGCGUCACAUUCCUGUCCUGUUUACAAGAGCUGAAGGACUUUGUAUAGAAAGGUCUUACAAUCAAAUUGAUUUUAAUAAUGAAAUUGUACCAAUUUGUGUAUUUAAACUUGCAUGUCGAAGUAAAUGAUUCUUAUUGAAGAUGA